UCCGAGCGGCCAGAUUCAAACGGUUGCUGUGGAGACGCUUCUGCCUCUCGGCGGCGGGGAGUCGGAAGGGCAUGGAUUCCGAUAUCGAGCGGUUGAAGCGUCGCUAUCUCGGUAGUACAGAGGUGGACGACGGCCCAGUGCAGCAGCGGUUCGGGACCUGUGAGGGUCGGGACACCACGAUAAAUAUAAGCGAACAUAAUUCAAAUAUCAAUCCAUCAACUGAAGAAAUAUUAACAGAAGAAAGAUGUGGACCUACAAUGAAAUCACCAACAUCUGGUCUGACCUACAGUGAAAGGAAGCACUACAACAGAUUAUUACAAAAUCUAUAUAAAACAAUAAAGCGAAAUUCUGCAUGUGUUGAUGAUGAUAAUAAUGAUUAUCAUUGCUCCAAUGAAGAGCUAGAGGGAUAUUUGAAUGAGAAAGAAUUCUCAACUUAUGAGAAACAAAACAGUGGAACACAAGUUUACACUGAAACUGAUGUUACCUUGCCUUCAGGCUUAGCUUCCAGCAAUUUUACAUCAGCAGUAAUUCAUGUAAAUGACAGUAUUGCAGAUUUAAAGAAUGGAAGCCUUUCAGAAUCUUGGGAAGGUCCCUGCCUUUUACCAGUUGAAAUAGAACAAAUUCAUAAUGAGCUAACAUCCAUCUGGCAACACUUACAGAAAGAAAGCAUAGCGCUACAGGAGUACAGAUUGCAGGUACAAUCACAUGAACAACAUCUAGCUGCCAGAGAGGCUUUGCUCAUCAAACAUCAAGAUGCAGUAACAAAGUUAAGAGGUGUGGAAGAAGAAGUUCAUGCCAAGUUUGAGAUUAUGAAGGAGCAACAUGUUGCUGAAGUCAAUCAACUUACAAAUGCCAUGAAAGAGAAGAUGAAAGAAAACAAAAGACUUAAAUCCUCUUUUGACUCAUUAAAGGAUUUAAAUGACUCCUUGAAAAAACAGAUUAACAAUAUAACACAGCAGAACAAGAAACUGCAAAUUCAGAAUAAAAAGAUUCAAAGCCGUUUAGAAAAUCUGCAGAGGAAGCAUGAUUUACCCGUGAUGCGGAAAAUUCAUGGAAAUGUUUCUACUGGUAUGAAAGAGAUUGGAUUGGAAAAAGAGGAAAAGAUUCAACCAGUUCAUAGAAUCAAUCGUUCUUUAAAUUCCAGUUUCUGUGAACUAUUUGGACUCCUUCUGGACUGGACGUCAGAUGGUUAUCUUUGUUAUUUAACUCCAGAGGAUAAAAAUGAUACUCAAAUGUCAUUAGGACCCAGAUGUUUACCUAGAAAAUCAGUUCAACAGAUGUGUCUGAAGAUCCUGCCCUUGAUCACAGCACAAAUUCAUUUAAUGCCACCUGGGAACAUCAAACUGCAGCUCGCACUGAUAAAAUUCAUUUAUUGGGCUUUAAGGCACAUAGACAGAAGAGGGACACAGCAGACUGUGCUUGUUUCAACAAUGCGACGACUAGGAGAAAACUUGUUCCAAGGAAAUAUGAACCGGACAAUACAGGAUAGUCCUUCAGGAUCUGGUGCAGAAGCCGUUCCAAAAGCAUCUGCUUUCUUCAAGAGCUCUAAUAUUAAUGUUCGAUUUUUAUCAGCUCUCUGUAUCCUCAAAACAAUCACACAAGUGGAUUAUUUGGCUCAAGUUUUCAACAUACUUCUUACUGACCUGAACACAGAUGAAGGCAAGGGUUUAUUCUUGGAGUAUCAGGCUCUGCAGGUUAUUCUUUGCUACUUGAAACCCUCAAGUAAAAAUCUACUGUACAGUGCUGUUGACAUUAUUCUGCAAAUGACAAUGGAAUCAAGGUAUUUGCAGGAUUUCCUCGAGGCGUGCAGCAGUGAAUCUUGGUUUCGUGCUUGUUCCAUGCUACUGAAAAGCUCGAAACUGGAGAUACAAAUGCUAGAGAAACUCAGCAUAAUUCUGCAGAAACUUUCUAAAAUAAAGAAUAAUAAGAAAUUAUUUGAAUUGUUUUCAAUCCACAUCGUCGUUCAAGAGUUGCACAGGACAAUGAAUCCAGAGCACACAUUUCUGAUCAAAAAUCUUCAGUCUAUUUUGUUUAACCUGGGUAUAAUCAAGGGCGCUGCAUAGCUAGCAGUCUGGGCACAGCCAUUCAAAUCAGUGGAUGUCAAACCAUGUCGACUAAGAAACUCAGUAAUGCUACUUGUACUGUUAUAAUCACUCGUAAGCUUUCUGUAUAUUAGAGAUGUAAUAGUUCAUCAUACUUCAAUAGACUGUGUUUAAGCAAUUAAAAUGAACCAAAUAAAUUGGAAAAAGAAGUUUCUUCCAUGUAUUUUAGAUUUUACCUCUAAAGAACUGAGACUACUCAUCAAAACAUUAUUAAUAUUCAUAGCCACUUAUUUAGACAAUUGUGGCUCUGCUUAUCAUCAGGACUUGCACCCUGUAGAAAAUUGAGUGAAGCUGAGCUCUUUAAUGGGACCCUAGUUCUGUCCUCCCCAUCAGUUUGGGAUGAAGAUGAACAGAUUCCUUAUUUGCAUAUUUUUCAAAUACCUUUUUCUCAACAAAUACCACCAUAAAGGAUGUAGUAUCAUGCUUUUGUUGUUCAUGCAAUCCAGUUUCAAAGAAAAUCAGAAUAAAAUUCAACACAAGGGAUUUGCAUAUUUAAAAAAAAUUCAGUCCCCACAUGCAGAGUGCCUUGAUGGCAUAUUUAAUUGUUACUCAUACUUACAUGGGUUACACAAUGCAUGGGUCUCUGAGCUCCAAUUGGAUCCACUUUCCAUCCCUAGUGAUCUCCGCUGCCAAGGUAAGACCUGAUACGAACUAGAAGAACAUCUCAUAUUCUGUCUGGGUAGUUUUCAAGUAACACUUAUUUCUUGUUUCCUUACCCCUCAAUACCGGUUGUACACCCAGUCUCUCCAUCCAAUCCACCUAUGGUCUUCCCAUUUCUUUUCCCUUUCCCUAAAUCCCUCAUUACCAAUUUUCAUCCCCUCCGCUCUGAAUUCAUCCACUUACAAUACAUAUACUUCACUCAACAGAUUCCCUCUUAUUAAUUCAAGCUGCCCUUCCAUCAUUCCCUUAAUGCUUCCCAUUAUCACCUUCCUUAGUCAUCACUUUCCAGCACUUAGAACUUCUUACUUAUAAUUCUUCAACAGCUCUCUCUACCUUCAUGCGUGCUCCCCCACCCAGACCUAGUUCCAUCUGUCCUUUUUAUUCUUUAUCUGCAUCUAUUAUCCACCUGUCUGAGUCUUCCAACUACAGUCCCCUCCUUCCCUCAUUAGGCUACGUCUGCCCAUCAUCCUUCACCCUUCCUUGAUCCACCUAUCACCCAUCAGCCCCUGUCUCACCCCUCCUGCUCUCCUCUUUUUAUUGGCUAUCAUCUCUUUCCAAUCCCAGACUGGAUGCAGGUUCUCAACCUGAAAUGUCAUCAAUUCAUUCCCCAACAACUGAUACUGCUCAACCCAAUGAAUUCCUCAGUUUGGAUUUUGCUCUCAGCUGCAGGAAGUUGCAACCUCAGCCAGCUCUAUCAUGGGCACUACUCUUCCCAGCAUCCAGGACACCUUCAAAAGGUGACACCUCAAAAUGGCUACCCCCUUCAUGCAAUAUGUGCUCUCUUAUUUGCUACCAUAAAAGAGAUACAAGAAGCUGAAGACACACACUCAGUGUUUCAGGAACAACUUGUUCCCAUUCGCCUCCAGAUUUCUGAAUGGACAAUGAACUUAAGAACACUACCUCAGUAUUUUUCCUCUUUUCUGCACUGCUUAUUUAAUUAACUUUUUUUAUAUACAUUUUAUAGUUUUUGUUAUCAUGCACUGCAAUGUACUGAUGCUGCAAAACAACAAAUUUCAUGACAUAUGCCAAUGAUAUUAAACCUGAUUCUAAUUAAUUGAAAUGCAUGCUUCUAAAAUGUUUCUCUUUUUCACUAGUAUCUUUACACUGACCUGAAGCCACGAAUCCUAAGCAAUCAUCACUGGGAAAGACAUUAAAAUUCAGCUACUAUUUCCAAGCCUCUUAUUCAUUUUCAGAUAACUACAAGAUAUCCCGAUUAUGUACCUAGAGUACACUUUAAACAUUUUAAGUGAGAUUUAAAAUUUUCUUCAAAAUAAUUUAUUACUAUCAUUAUAAGAGCUUCAUUGGCAUUUAGGUGUACCAUAUCAGCUAUCAGCUAUCUUUUUAAAGAAAUUUUAGUGGCUGGUGUCAGCGUUUUUAUACUGAUAGUAAUAGAGAUUGGACCAUAUAAACUUGAAACCAGUUCUGAGAAUAUCUGUCUAUAGUUUAAUGGCGACCAACUCAUCAGCUUUUCGGUGUUUAUUCACAUUGGGUAAUGUGUGUGCUUUCCUCCUAAUUUCAAAAAGCAACUAUUGAUAAUGGAAAAAUGAUUGGACCUUUGUAAUUAAAAAUAAUAGGCAUUUAUUAACCAAGAUUUAUGGGUUUGUCACAGGUUCAUUUUUAAUUAAAGAUAUCCCUGUUAAUCCUUCCGUUAGUGGGUGUAUCACAAUGUUCACACUAUAUGGUUCAUCAAGAAUUUUUAUAGGAUUUUACCUUUUGAAUACCUAAAUUAUAAUGUACGAGAAACAGACAGGAUCAAGCUUAACACUGCAGCUGUUAGCAAUAGUGGAUCUAAAGAUUUAAAGAGGUUCUUAAUAUUUUGAUACUGCAUGAAAAUCUAUGUUUAUGAUAGAGUUGCAUAAUACUGUAGCUUAGUGCUUUCGCCUGAUGCCAGCUUGCAGGUUUACCACAACAAAAAUAAAUUGUAUUAUAUGCAGUGUAGUGCUAAAUGUUUACUUAACAUAUUUAAAUACAAAAGGUAAUGCAAAAAUAUUAAAACAGCAUAUUCCCAAGGGACUUGAAAUGAUGGAAAGUGAUAAUUAGCAAAUUGUACUUAGUCAAUUUCACAUCAGAGACAGAAAUUAUGUAAUUUAAAUAACUUGCAUUAAAUGAUGUAUUUUAGCUUAAGGUUGACAAUGUUAUAUUUUUUGUAAUCAAUAACAAAUUGAAUUUUUAGAAGUAUUUAGAAAGUCCAGAUUUAAAAAGGAGUAAAUGCCAGAUCAAACCAGUGAUCAGGGCCUUUUGGGAUGUUUUGUACAGCUUGAGAUCAUGUAUCAAGACCAUUUUAUGGUAUUAAGACCAUAAAAAGAAGUGAGUUAAGUGGAGUGACCAUUGUUGGAAUGGGACAGGGUUAGAGUGGGGAAAUGAGGCUUUAGCUCCAGAGGCUUCAACAAGAGGCAGAAAGGUUAGAUUGAGAUUUCUGUCAAGUUUGUUUCUUUCUUUAUUAGUGCCUAGGUAGAGAAGUGAGAAUGGAUCCCAGGUUAGUGGUAUGCUGCUCAUGCACUAUGUGGGUGAUCUGGGAGAGCCUGUCUCCAUGAUUGCUACAUCUACAAGAAGUGCAUCUGGAUGCAGAUCUUUAUAGAUGAUGUUAGAGAACAAGAGCUGGAACUCUAUGAUCUAUAGCUUAUUUGGAAAAAUAAGCUGAUAGAAUGGAGCUUCAGGAGGUGGUCACAUGAGUUGCUGGAGGCAAAUAGCUGGGUGCCUGUCAGGAGAAGUAAAGGAAAUAGAUAGCACAAAGUAUCCCUGUACUAUUAUAUCCCUCAGUAACAAGUAUGCCACUUUGAAUACUGUUGGCUGGGGUUGGGGAGGCGGAGGGGAGGACAGAACUCAGGAAUCGAAGCAAGAGACUGAGAGUGAAGGACCAAAGGCAUCUCGGAGAGAAGCCUUUUUUUAACUGAUCGGGCAAAGAGGCUAGAUUGUGCAGGCGCAUGACAUAGCGUGCCAAAGGUUUAAAAAAAAGACUGCCACAUACAACAGCCAUCAUCGAAGCAGACUGAGUCAGAGUGGGACGGCUUUGGCUCAAUAGGCAGAGUAGGUUUCGGUAAGUUUUGUUCGUUUAGAGUAGAGAAUGCCAGGCAGAAUGUUGGAAUGCCCCUCUUGCAGGAUGUGGGAAGUCAGAGAGACCUCUGGUGUCCCUGACAACACCACCUGCAAGACGUGCAUCCAGCUGCAGCUCCUAACAAACCCUAUUAGGGAGCUGAGCAGAAGGUGGAUGACCUCCGGAUCAUUCGGGAGAAAUAGAAGUUUAUAGAUAUUAGUUUCAGGGAGGUAGUUACACCAGAGAAGCAGCACACAGGUAAUUGGGUUACCAUCAGACGAGGGAAGGGGAAAGGGCAGGCAGAGCAGGGGAUCCUGUGGCCAUUCCCCUCAACAACAAAUAUACCGAUUUGGAUACUGUUGGGGGGGGGGGGGGAGAAUGACUUACCUGGGACAAGCUGCGGAAGCUGAAUCACUGGCACUGAGUCUGGUUCUGCAGUGCACAAGGGGGGGGGGGAAGAAGAGGAGAGUGGUAGUGAUAGGAGACUCGAUAGAGGAACAGACAGGAGGUUCUGUGGUCAUGACAGAGACUCCUGGAUGGCUUGUUGCCUCCCAGGUGCCAGGGUCAGGGAUGUCUCUGAUCAUGUGCACAGCAUUCUGAAAUGGGAGGGUGAGCAGCCAGAUGUCAUGGUACACAUCGGUACCAAUGACAUAGGAAGAAAGAGUGAGGAGGUCCUGAACAGUGAGUAUAGAGAGCUUGGUAAAGCUACCUGUUAAAAAGCAGGACCUUGAGGGUGGCAAUCUCAGGAUUGUUACCUGUGCCACUUGCCAGUGAGGGUAAGAAUAGGAUGCUCUGGAGGAUGAACACAUGGCUGAAGAACUGGUAUGUGGGGGAGGAUGAACACGUGGCCGAGGAACUGGUGUACGGGGCAGGGUUUCAGAUUUCAGGAUCAUUGGGACCUCUUCUGGGACAGUUCAGACCUGAACCACAGGGGGACCAAUAUCCUUGCAGGGAGGUUUGUUAGUGCUAUUGAGGGGGGUUUUAAACUAGAUUUGCAGGAGGAUGGGAACCAGAGUGCCAGAGCAGAUAGUGGAGCGGGGGUGAAAAUAAAUAAUGUUAAAGUUUCAUGCAAAGUCACAAAUAGAAGGGUUGUGUGUGGUGGUAAUAAUCUUAAGGAGUGUCUAUUUCAAUGUGAGGAGUAUUGUGGGGAAGGCUGAUUAGCUGAGGGUGUGGAUUGACACUUGGAAUUAUGAUAUUGUAGCCAUUAGUGAAACUUGGCUACAGGAGGGGCAGGACUGGCAGCUUAAUGUUCCAGGGUUCCGAUGUUUCAGAUGUGAUAGAGGCAGAGGGAUGAAGGGUAGUGGGGGGUGGGUGGCAUUGCUAGUCAGGGAAAAUGUUACAGCAGUGCUCAGGCAGGACAGAUUAGAGGGCUUGUCUACCGAGGCCAUAUGGGUGGAGCUGAGAAACAGGAUAUGUAUGACCACAUUAAUGGGGUUGUAUUAUAGACCACCCAAUAGCCAGUGAGAAUUGGAGCAGCAAAUCUGCAGAGAGAUAGCAGACAACUGCAGGAAACAAAGUUGAGAUAGUAGGGGAUUUUAAUUUAUCACAUGUUGAUUGGGACUCCCAAACUUAAAGUUCUAGACGGGUUAGAGUUUGUAAAAUGUGUUCAAGAAAGUUUUCUAUAUCAAUAUAUAGAGGUAUCCACUACAAAGGAUGCAGUAUUAGAUCUUCUAUUAGGAAACGAGUUAGGGCAGGUGAUGGAAGUGGGGAACACUUUGGUUCCAGUGAUUGUAACAUCAUUAGUUUCAACUUGAUCAUGGAUAAAGAUAGAUCUGGUCCUCAGGUUGAGGUUCUAAACUGGAAAAGGGCCGAAUUGGAAGAAAUGGGGAAGGAUCUAAAAAGCGUGGGUUGGGACAGGUUCUCUGGCAAGGAUGUGAUUGGUAGGUGGGAGGCCUUCAAAGGAGAAAUUUUCAGAGUGCAGAAUUUGAAUGUUCCUGUCAGGAUUAAAGGCAAGGUGAUUAAGAAUAAGGAACCUUGGUUCUCUAGGGAUAUUGGAAAUCUGAUAAAGAAGAGAAAGAUGUAUGACAUGUAUAGGAAAAAGGGAGCAAAUAAAGUACUUGAGUAUAAAAAGUGCAAAAAAUACUUAAAGAAAUCAGGAGGGCUAAAAGAAGACAUGAGGUAGCUUUGGCAGUUAAGGUGAAGGAUAAUCCAAAGAGCUUCUACAGGUAUCCUUUUAAGAGCAAAAGGAUAGUAAGGGAUAAAAUUGGUCCUCUUGAAGAUCAGAGUGGUGGGUUAUGUAUGGAACCAAAAGAAAUGGAGAUCUUAAAUGGUUUUUUUGCAUCUGUAUUUACUAAGGAAACUGGCAUGGAGUCAAUAGAAAUAAGGCAAACAAGUAGUGAGGUCAUGGAACCGAUACAGAUUGAAGAGGAGGAGGUGCUUGCUAUCUUGGGCAAAUCAGAGUAGAUAAAUCCCCAGGACCUGACAGGGUAUUCCCUCGGACCUUGAAGGAGACUAAUAUCGAAAUUGCAGGAGCCCUGGCAGAUAUAUUUAAAAUGUCGGUAUCUACGGGUGAGGUGCUGGAGGGUUGGAGGAUAGCUCAUGUUGUUCUGUUGUUUAAAAAAGCCUCUAAAAGUAAUCCAGGAAAUUAUAGGCCAGUAAAUUUGACAUCGGUAGUAGGUAAAUUAUUGGAAGGUGUACUAACAGAUAGGAUCUACAAGUAUCUAGAUAGACAGGGACUUAUUAGGGAGAGUCAACAUGGCUUUGUGCGUGGUAGGUCAUGUUUAACAAAUCUGUUAGAGCUUUUUGAGGAGGUUACAAGGAAAGUGGAUGAAGGGAAGGCAGUGGAUAUUGUCUAGAUGGACUUCAGUAAGGCCUUUGAGCAAGGUCCCGCAUGGGAGAUUAGUUAGGAAGAUUCAGUCACUAGGUAUACAUGGUGAGGUAGUAAAUUGGAUUAGACAUUGGCUCAAUGGGAGAAGUCAGAGAGUGGUAGUGUAGGAUUGCUUCUCUGAGUGGAGGCCUGUGACUAGUGGUGUGCCACAGGGAUCAGUGCUGGGUCCAUUGUUAUUUGUCAUCUAUAUCAAUGAUCUGGAUGAUAAUGUGGUAAAAUGGUAGGGCACUGAGAAGUACAGUACAACAGGGUGAUCUAGGAAUACAGAUACAAAAUUCCCCAAAAAUGGCAUCACAGGUAGAUAGGGUAGUAAAGAGAGUUUUUGGCACAUUGGCCUUUAUAAAUUAAAUAUCUAGUAGAAGAGUUGGAAUGUUAUGGUUAGGUUGUAUAAGGCAUUGGUGAGGCUGAAUUUGGAGUAUUGUGUGCAGUUUUGGUCACAAGAAUUACAAGAAGGAUAUUAAUAAGGUUGAAAGAGUGCAGAGAAGGUUUACAAGGAUGUUGCCGGGACUUAAACUGAGUUACAGAGAAAGGUUGAAUAGGUUAGGACUUUAUUCCUUGGAGUGUGUAAGAAUGAGGGGAGAUUAGAUAGAGGUAUAUAAAAUUAUGAUGGGUAUAGAUAGUGUGAAAAGCCUGCUUGCAUUCACUCUGAGGCUAGGGGAGAAAAAAAACCCCAGAGGACAUGGGUACCAGAGGAAGGGGGAAAAGUUUAAAGGAACUUUAGGGGGGGCUUCUUCACACAGAGUGGUGGGGGUGUGGAAUGAGCUGCCAGAUGAAGUGUAAAUGUGGGCUCACUUUUAACAUUUAAGAAAAACUUGGACAGGUACAUGGAUGAGAGGUGUAUGGAGGGAUAUGGUCUAGGUGCAGGUCAAUGGGACUAGGCAGAAAUAUGGUUCGGCACAGCCAAGAAGGACCAAAAGUCCUGUUUCUGUGCUGUAAUGUUCUAUGGUUCUAGGAAUGCUUCUGAGCGCAGGGUGUGUCUGUGUAGUUUAGAAAGGAAGGUGUCAGAAGAAAAGACCUCUGGUGAUGAGGGAUUCAAGUUAGGGGAACAGACAAGUAAUUGUAGAUGUGAAAGAUGCUUUCAGAUGGUAUUUUACCUCCUUGCUUGAAAGGUAGUAAUCUUUGGAUUGUUGUCUGUGCCAUGCACCACUGAGGUUAAAAAAAGGAUGGUAGUUGAAUGUGUGGCUGAAUAAUUAGUGCAGCAACUGGGUUUCAAAUUUGUGGAUCAUUGAGAUCUCUUCUGGGGAAGGCGUGACCUGUGAAAAAGGAACAGAUUGCACCAGAAUUUGAACUGGGGGGGGGCAAUAUCCUUAUGGGUAGAUUUACUAGAGUUCUUAGGGAGGGUUUGAAACAGUUUGGCAGUGGGAUGGGACCUAGAGUGACAGGUUAGAGGAUGAAGCAAUUGGUGUAAAGCUAGAUAUAAGUGUAGAGAGACCAUAUAACAAUUACAGCACAGAAACAGGCCAUCUCAGCCCUUCUAGUCUGUGCCGAAUACUUACUCUCACCUAGUCUCACCUAGUCCCACCAACCUGCACUCAGCCCAUAACCCUCCAUUCCUUACCUGUCCAUAUACCUAUCCAAUUUUACUUUAAAUGACAAUAUCGAACCUGCCUCAACCACUUCUACUGGAAGCUCAUUCCACACAGCUACCACUCUCUGAGUAAAGAAAUUCCCCCUCAUGUUACCCCUAAACUUUUGCCCCCUAACUCUCAACUCAUGUCCUCCUGUUUGAAUCUCCCCUACUCUCAAUGGAAAAAAGCCUAUCCAUGUCAACUCUAUCUAUCCCCCACAUAAUUUUAAAUAUCCCUAUCAAGUCCCCCCUCAACCUUCUACGCUCCAAAGAAUAAAGAUCUAACUCAUUCAACCUUUCUCGAUAACUUAGGUGCUGAAACUCAGGUAACGUUCUAGUAAAUCUCCUCUGUACUCUCUCUAUUUUAUUGACAUCUUUCCUAUAAUUCAGUGACCAGAACUGUACACAAUACUCCAAAUUUGGCCUCAUCAAUGCCUUGUAUAAU